UCCUAUACUACAAAAAAGUUGAGAUAACGUUAACAGUAAUACCAGCACCAACACCAUCAGGGAAAAUUCGUGCUAACUUUUACAUGACAUCACAAUGUACAUCAGCCGGAGAUGUUCAAGAAUAUGUACUCAGCUAGCUCAAAAGCCCCGUCUAACACUAGCAUAAAUUAAAACAAUGUUAGUAUUACAACCACUACCAAUACCAUCAAGGAAAAUUUGUGCUAACUUAAAAAUCAUAUGAAAAUGUGCAGCAGCUAGAGAUGUGCAGAAAUAUGUUUUUAACUGUUUCAAAAGCCCCGUCCUAUACCACAAAAAAUUAAGAUCACCUUAGCAGUAAUAACACCACUAAUACCAUCAGAAAAAAUUUGUGCUAACUUAAAAACGGUAUGACGAUGUACAGCAGGCGGAGAUGUUCAAAAAUAUGUAUUCAGUUACGUGAAAGGCGCCGUCAAACGUUAGCACAAAUUAAAACAAUGUUAGUAUUACUACCACCACUAACAUCAUUAAUAAAAAUUUGUACUAUAUUAGAAACCAUAUGAGAAUGUACAGCAUGUAGAGAUGUUUAUAAAUAUGUUUUUAAUUGUUUCAAAAGCCCCGUCCUAUACCACAAAAAAUUAAGAUCAUGUUAGUAGUAAUACCACUAACAACGCGAUCAGGGAAAAUUUGUGCUAACUUAAAAAUGGUAUGACAAUGUGUAGCAGCCAGAGAUGUUCAAAAAUAUGUAUUCAAGUAGGUGAAAAGCUCCGUCUCACACUAGCACAAAUUAAAAAAAUGUUACUAUUAAUAUCAUCACCAACACUUUUAGGGAAAAUUUGUGCUAAGUUUACACUGGUAUGACAAUGUACGGCAGCCAGAGGUGUUCCGAAAUAUGUAUUCAACUAGAUCAAAAGCCCUGUGUAGCACUAGUAGAAAUAGAAAUAAGGUUAGUAUUACCACCACCACCAACACUAUCAAGGAAAAUUUGUUCUAACUUAAAAGUCGUAUGAAGAUGUGCAGCAGCUAGAGAUGUUCAGAAAUAUGUUUUUAACUGUUUCAAAAGCCCCAUCCUAUGCCACAAAGAACUAAGAUCAUGUUAGUAGUAAUACCACCAACAACACCAUCAGAGAAAAUUUGUGCUAACUUAUAAAUGGUAUGAUGAUGUGCAUCAGUCGGAGAUGUCGAAAAAUAUCUAUUCGUCGAGGGAAAAGCUCCGGCUAACACUAGCACAAAUAAAAACAAUGUUAAUAUUAAUACUUCCACCAGCAUCAUAAGAAAAAAUUUGUGCUAAUAUAAAAAUGGUAUGACAAUGUACAGCAGCCAGAGAUGUUCCGAAAUAUGUAUUCAACUAGGUCAAAAGCCCCGUCCUAUGAUAGAAAAAAAUUAUAUUUUGCCAGUCAUAAUAUCACCACCAGCACCAUCAGGAAAAAUUUGUGCUAGCUUAAAAAUGGUAUGACGAUAUACAGCAGGUAGAGAUGUUCAAAACUAUGUAUUAAAGUGGGUGGAAAGUCCCGUCCUAUGGUACAAAAAGUGAAGAUGAUAUUAGCAGUGAUACCGCCACCAACACGAUCGGAAAAAUUUUGUGCUAGUUUGAAAAUCAUCGGAAGAUGUGCAGCAAGUCCAGAUGUUCAAAAUUAUGUAUGCAGUUAGGUUAAAAGCCCUGUCAAACAAUAGCACAAAUUAAAACAAUCUUAGUAUUACUACCACCACCAACAUCAUUAGGAAAAAUUUGUGCUAACUUAAAAAUCAUAUGAAGAUGCACAGCAGCUAGAGAUGUUCAAAAAUAUUUUUUCAACUGUUUCAAAAGCCCCGUCCUAUGUCACAAAAAAUGAAGACCAUGUGAGUAGUAAUACCACCACUAACACGAUAAGGAAAAACUUGGGCUAACUUUUAAAUGGUAUGACGAUGUGCAGCAGCUUGAGAUGUUCAAAAAUAUGUAUUCAAGUGGUUCAAAAACCCCGCCCUACAUUAGCACUAAUAAAAAGAGUGGUACUAACAGUACCACUAACAACGGCAUCAGUAAGAAUUUGUGCUAAUAUAAAAAUGUUAUGACAAUGUACAUCAACCAGAGAUGUUGAAAAAUAUGUAUUUAUCGGGAUGAAAAUCCGCGUCUAACACUAGCAAAAAUUAAAAUAGUGUUAUUAUUAGUGUCACCUGGAACACUAUCUGAGAAAAUUUGUGCUAACUUAAAAUCUAUAUGUGAAUGUACGGUCGGCAGGGAUGUUACGAAAUAUGUAUUCAACUGUUUGAAAAGUUCCGUCGGAGGCUAGCACAAAUUUAGAUUAUGUGGCUAUUAUUACCACCACCAACAUCAUCAGGGAGAAUUUGUGCUAACUAAAAAAUUUUAUGAAUCUGUGCAGCAGCUAUGGAUGUUCCAUAAAUAUGUGUCGAAGUGGUUCAAUAGGCGAGUCUUUUCAUAGAAAAAUUCAGAUGAUGUUAGUAUUAGUACCACCACCAAUAGGGUGCUGAUAUUUAUACACGUUUACAAAGUAAUAUUAAAUUUCAUUUAAAUAGAAUUCUGGUUUUUUUUUAACGUAGAUGUUUCACAAGUUCAAGAACCAAAAGAAUUACUUAAUAUAUUUCCAUUAUUCUACAGUAUUGCCAUUCAUUUUGAUAAAGUAUCGAUUACUGGACGUUCUCAAGCAGUUGAAAUCUCACUUCAAUUAAAAUCACGUGAAAUGCCUGAAGCUCAAAGACGAAUUCAUAUUGGUCUUUCAAGUGAUGAUCGACGUUUUCAUUUAAAUAUUAUUAAAAUGCUUUCAUGUCUUCUUGCUGAAUAUAUUAUUCGAUUUGAUAAUGAUCAAACAAAUAGAUCACCAGAUUUUUAUAUGCUUCCAUCGAAAAGUAGCAAAAAAGCUAAAGAAUCGAAAACUAAUGGAAAAUCAAGUUUAACAUCGGAUUCAUUAAGAGAUAAAUGUUUAAAAGGUCUUUGUGAUAUUCUUCGAUCAUCUAUUAAAUCCUUAUGGGAUUCAUCAAUUAUUGAUCAACAAUUUGUCAAAUGUGUAACAAAACCAUGUUAUCAUUUACUUUGUCGAGAAGAUAUUUCAAAAAAUCCAAUUGUUAAAGAAAAUCUUCCAUUAAUUUUUAUUAUUAUGAUUCAUGAAUUUGAACAUGCACCAGAAGCGUCUAUUCAAUUUAUUCAAGCAGUUAAACAUUAUGAUAAUAAUUCAAGUUUACUUACAACUGUUCUUAAUUCACUUUUACUUGAUUAUCAAGAUACAUCAUUAGCUAUUCAAUUAUUAAAAGAAAUUUGUCAAACUAAUUUUGUUGAUACACAAGUUCAUAAUGCAUCUGCUAAAACAAUGGCAACAUUUAUUAUUGAUAUGGCUCGACUUGAUCCACAUAUUAUUCAAACACAUUUUCAUCAAAUAGAUGAUUUAUUAAAAGUCGAAAGUCAUCAUAUUCGUGUUGCUGCUUUAACAGCAUUAUGUUCUGUUAUUGAAAAACUUCUUUCAUCCAAUGAUUUAGAUGAUGGACAAAGAAAAAUGCGUGAUACUCUCUUACAAAUAUUACGUAACCAUGUAUAUGAUGUAACAGCAUUUCUUCGUCAACAUUAUUUACAAUUAUGGACAUCACUUAUACAACAAAAAAAAGUUCCUGUUAGACAAUAUCUUCGAGAUUCAACUCGAGCUCAAUUUGAAGAAGGACAAAAUGAUGCUGAAACAAAAUUAGCUGAACUUCGUGCAGAACUUGAAAAGUUAAAUAAAAAUAAAAAAGUAGAAAAUAAAAUAAAAGAAAAAGCUAAAUCUGAUGAUGAAGAUAGUGGUGCAGAAGAAGAUGAAAUGGAAACGAAUAAUAAUCAUGAAGAAGAAACAGAACAACAUAAUCCAAAUGAAGAUCAAUCUCUUGAAGAAACUUUAAAUCGACUUAAAAUUGAAGAACAAAUAAUGCAUUUAGAAGAUAUCGUUACUUUAUAUAAAGAUGGACUUCGAUUUAUGGAUUUAAUUGAACAAGCAAAUCGAUAUGUUGUUAAUUUAUUUAAUUCUCCAACAUUAGCUGAUCGUAAACAAGCUAUUGAUUUUUUUGUUAAACUUCGUCAUUAUCGUCUUACUUUGCCAAAUAUCGAACAAAAUAUACGUUUAAUGUUUAGUCUUAUUUGGUCUGUUGAUAAAUCAAAAUGUGAAGCAAUUACACAAGCUUUUGUUAAAAUUUAUUUUGAUGUAUCACCAACUAUUGCUCGAAUACAUAUUCCUUUGCAUCAAGCUCGUGGAAUAAUUCGUGCUCUUAAAAGUGCAACAUUUUCUGAAGAAUUAUGUUUUGAAGAAAUUCUUAAACAAUUAAUAAAAGAAAAAAAAAUUCCUACUGAAGCUAUAACUGAAGCUUUAUGGAAACUUUAUAAAUUUCCAUAUGAUGAUAAUACUGAUGUUAUAGCUGGAAAAAUUCUUACAUUUAUUGUUGGAAAUGAAGUUUAUAGAAAACUAAAUGAUAUAACUGAUCUUAUUCAAGCUAAAGAAAAAAAUCAUCGUUUUGUACAUAUAUCUUGUUUACUUUUACAAUUAGCGGCUACACCAAAAAAGAUUGAAAAUGGCGUUCGACCAAAACAAUUUCGUUUACCAAAAACUCAUCGUCUAUUUGAAAUUCUUCGCAAGAUUAUUGUGUCAACAUUUGAUGAUGUUUCCGAUCGACAAUGGACACCAAUGAUGGAAUCAGCAUUUGAUGUUAUUUUUAAAUUAGCUGAUGGUCCAAUAGAACAUAUUGAAAAUAUAAUAAAAAAACUUGCUGUUAAAACAGGUGUUAAACUUGGUGGUCUAUUUAAAAUUCCAUUAUCUAUUGAAUCAAUGGAUUUUGAAAAUGCUGGUAAUGAAAAUAAUCAAAAUCAAUUAUCUCAACACCAACAACAAUAUCAUCAUCAUCAUUCUCAAAUGAAUGCAAAUUCAGCAUUACUAUUAGUUCGUUUUUUAAAUUGUUUAGGAAAAACAGCUGUUGGAAUUGUUUAUUAUUUUGAUUGUACGGUUAAAGAUGAACUUCUUCGUCGAAAAGAAGCUAAACAAUCACCUGCAGCUAAUAAAAAGUUACAAGAAAAAACAAGAAAUUCAAAAAAACGAACAAAACGUAAAAGACCAGAUGAAGAUGAUGAAAAUCAAUCAACAUCAAUGAAUGAUACAACGAAUAGUUUAUCAAAUCUUACUUUAAAUUCAACAACUAAUCGAACUGUUGAUGAUGAACAAGAUGAUGAAAUGUGUCAAGUAUUUGGUGGUGCUGAAGCUGAAGAUUCAGUUGAUAAUGAAAUUAAUUUAUAUAUUAAAUCAUUAUGUGAAGAAAAUUCAUCAUUAAUGCAAUAUAAAAAUAUUGUUGAACAAAUUCUUCUUCGUCAAAAUGAAUAUCAUGACGAAACAUUACAAUUAAGUGCAACAAUAUGUUUAUGUAAAUUUAUGUUAUUAUCUGUUGAAUUAUGUGACAAACAUGCAAAAAUGUUAUUUGAUUUAUUAAAAUAUUCGACAUUUGAAAGUGUUCGAGUUGCUAUUUUGGUUUUAAUGAAUAAUUUUUAUUUAAAAUAUCCAUCAUCAUUUGAUGCUUAUUCAAAUGGUGUUUAUGGUUGUUUACUUGAUCUAUCAGAUAAUGUUCGUUUAGUAGCAUUAAAAACAAUAUCAAAUUUAAUUCUUAAAGAAAUGAUGAAGUCAAAAGGGCAAAUAACUACAUUAGCUACAUCAUUUUUUAGUGAAUUAGCUAAACGACAAGAUGGUGAAGCAUUAUUUAAUACUUUACCAGAUAUAUUUUCAAAUUUAGUUGGCGAUAAAUUAGAUAAGCAACCUCAAUUAAAUGAAGAAGAUUUUAAAUCUAUUAUCGAAUUUUUAUUUAAAUAUGUUAGUAAAGAAAAACAAACAGAAAGUUUAUUAAAAAAAUUAUUGCAAAGAUUUCAAAUGGCUAAUGAUAAUCCUCGUUUAUGGCGUGGUCUUGCUUAUAUCAUGUCAAAAUUAACAUAUAAUGAACGAUCAUUAAAAUGUUUACAUGAUGAUUUUAAUUAUUAUGCAGAUAAAUUAUUUGAAGAUGCUGUUUAUGAAUCAUUUUUAACGAUUCUUAAUAAUGCAAAAAAGAAUUUAGGAACUAAACCUGAUUUAAAAGUUGUAUUUGAUAAAUUAUCGACUCGUAUUGAAGAAGCAAGAUCAUCAAAUGGAAUUUUAAUUGCUGUACAACAAGCACAACAAAAAACAAAACAACAAUCAAAAGCUGCUCGUGCUGGUGGAGCGAUGAAAGGUAAACAAACAACAAGUCGUAGUAAAGCAAAAGCAAAACAAUCUGAUGAUAAUGACGAUGAUGAUUUAAAAGAAAAUGAUGGCGACGAUGAUGAUGAUGAAAAUGUAUUUAAACGACCAAUGAGAAAAGAAUCAAAAGUGCAAACAAUAAGUCGAUCAAAACGUGGUGCGGACGGAACUGCACGUAAAAAAGCAGCUGUAGUAGCGAGUGAUGAUGAAGAUGAUGAUUAA